UCGAAUUCGAACACACAACGCACUAGCUCAGACCAGCCGAAGAAAGAGGGUCCGUCAUCGCAAUGGCGUCGAGGCAGGACACCCGUGAGGCGCGCGCCGAGGCCGAGGCGCGGCGCGCCGUGGAGGAGCUGGCGCGGGCGCGGGACGAGCACCUGGUGCAGGCCGAGGUGAACGCCCGCUCGGCGGCCGACGAGAUCGCGCGCUCCCGCGCCGACCGCGGCGCCGUCGGUGCCGGGGCUGCGGCCGGCGCCGGCGGCGGCAUCCUGGGGAGCGUGCAGGAGGGCGCCAAGUCCUUCGUGAGCGCCGUGGGCCGCACCUUCGGCGGCGCCAAGGACGCGGCCGCCGACAAGACCUCGCAGACAGCGCAGGCCACGGGCGACAAGCUCGGCGAGUACCGGGACUACACCGCCGACAAGGCCCGGGAGGCCAACGACAGCGUGGCGCGCAAGACGAGCGAGACGGCGGAGGCCACCCGGAACAAGGUGGGGGAGUACAAGGACGCCGCCGUGGAGAAGGCGCGGGAGACCAAGGACGCCGUGGCGCAGAAGACGAGCGAGACCGCGGAGGCCACCAGGAACAAGCUCGGGGAGUACAAGGACGCGGCGGCCGGGAAGGCGCGGGAGGCCAUGGACACCACCGCCGACAAGGCGAGGGAGGCCAGGGACGCCUCCAUGCAGAAGGCCCAGGAGACGAGGGACGCCACCGCGGACCGGGCGAGGGAGGCGAGGGACGUCACCAAGCAGAAGGCCGGCGAGUACACCGACGCUACCCGCGGGGCCGCGCAGGAGGCCAGGGACAGGUCCUGGGCCACCGCGCAGACCGCCGCCGACAAGUCCAGGGAGACGGCCGCCGGCGCCCACGACGCCGACAGGGGGCAAGCAGGACCAGGCCUGUUGGGUGCGCUCGGGAACGUGACGGGCGCGAUCAAGGACAAGCUGACGAUGGGCGGCCACGGCGCAGCGGGGCAGCACGACGUCCGGCUGGGCGGCGGCGACGAGCGCGCGGCGAAGGAGCGUGCCGCGGAGAAGGCGGCGUCGGUUUACUUCGAGGAGAAGGACCGGGCCCUCCGUGAGCGCUCGGCGGAGCGGGUGGACCGGUGCGUGGACAAGUGCGUGGAGGGGUGCGCCGGCUCGACCUGCGCGCACCGCCACGGCAAGAUGUGAGAAGGCGCGGACGUGGCGCGCGCCGGCCGCUACGUGCCCCGGCUUCCGGAGCCGCCGCCGCCCCUGCAUGGGCAAAUAAUAAACUGUUUACUUCUAGUAGUAGUGGUCUAGCACUAGCAGAGCUUCGUGUUUCAGUUCUCUUCUUUUGCUGCUUUCAACAAUGUUUUCACACUGCCU